CUCUCUCUCUUUUCUUCCUUGUUUGUCUCUGGAAAUUGAAGAAGAAAAGCUCUGCUAUACCCAUCGGAGGGUUUUUUUUUUCUCUUUCUCCAAACAGGAAUUUCGCUUUCUAUAUUCUCUCUCUUCUGUGUGUAUCAGCAGGAGCUUGUUAAAGGACCAGCCAAGAGACUGAGCCCGAUCUUGGUGGCUUUAAAAGUCUUCGAAACCCCCAAAAAAAAAAAAAAAAAAAAAAAAAGAAGGGAUAGUCAGAGAAGGAGGUGUGUUUUGGUUUGGUUGCAAAAUUUGGACCGAGCAAUCCGUUUCUACUCCCUCACCAUUCGUUCUUCCACAUCUUACUCCUCCCAAAUUUAACUCUUUCUCUCUCUCUCUCUCUCUCUCUCUCUCUAAACUAAACAAGCAACGCAUUGACGCAUUCUCUGUUUCUCUGUGUUUUGUUUUCUCUAUCUUUCUCUGUCUGGAAAAAUCUUUGAGCUAGGGUUUCGGUCUUUUUCUAUCUUUUUUUUUUUUCUUCUCUCUGUGUGUGUUUGUGGUAAUGUUAAUGGCAGGGUUUGAGAUUCAUUGAUUUUUGUUUUUGAGGUUAUAUUGUUUGAUCGGGUGUGGCUCAUCAUGACUGCUGCUGUUGGCACUCAAUUAAUCUCUGUUCAUCCCGAAGAGCUUAGGUUCCAAUUUGAGCUGGAAAAACAAAGCUUUUGUGAUCUUAAAGUUGUCAACAACACAGAAAACCAUGUUGCCUUUAAGGUUAAAACCACUUCACCAAAGAAGUAUUUUGUACGACCCAAUACUGGUGUUAUACAGCCUUGGGAUGCAUGCGUCAUCAGAGCUGCUGGAAUUGCAGUCACUCUCCAAGCCCAACGGGAAUAUCCUCCAGAUAUGCAGUGCAAAGAUAAAUUUCUCUUGCAGAGUACGAUAGUGACUCCGAAUGGUGAUGUUGAUGAACUUCCACCGGAUACCUUUAAUAAGGACAGUGGAAAGCAAAUAGAGGAGUGCAAGCUUAAGGUUCUGUAUGUCUCUCCUUCCUCUGCUGUUCCGAACACAGAAGAUGAAGCAUUGAGGAGUUCUACACGUAGUCUUGAUGGCAAUUCUGCUGUACAGCGCGUGAAGGAAGAAAGAGAUGCAGCUAUUCGACAAAAACAACUUCUUCAGCAGGAGCUGGACACGUUGAAGCGGCGAAGAUAUCGUAAAGGUAAUGCAGGAUUCUCCUUUACCUUUGCAAUCUUUGUGGGAUUCAUCGGAAUAAUGGUUGGCUUCCUCUUGAACCUUUUAUUAUCUUCACCUACCACAUAAGAGACAUAAUAAUAUUCAGGAUCUCAGGAGGCUCUUUUGUUUUUAUUUUUUUAUUUUUUUUCCUUAUAUAUAUAUAUAUAUAUAUAUAAAAUACAAAAUUCAUUGUAUAAUUUCUUUUGUUAUCUUGGAUGGAAAGUUUGCCCAAAUUACCUUCAUUGUAUAUUGAUAAUCCUCCCAAAAUAUGUUUUUGAUCCCCUUUAUUUAUGAUGAUGAAGUUAUCAUGUUGUUAUCA